AUGAAGACUUUUACUUUGCUCUCUGCAGCAACUGUGCUGUCACUCUGCUCUGCUAAUAUUGUGCCCGUGCAUCACCCACGCUUUAUUCCCGAGAGAUGUGCCAAUGAAACUCACCCACCAUAUCCAACAUAUGGACACUCGGAGGCGUCGAGUACUCAAGGACCCACGGGCAUCUCCACUUCAAAUCUUUCCGGCUAUCCCCUCCCGUCUUCUUCCUUUGGAACUGGCAACAGUACCUAUCAUACCUCCAGUGGGAUUGCCUCAUUCUCGACAUUUGGUCCAACUGCUAUCUCCUCAUCCAAGGGGACUGCCCACCCAUCUUACAUUGUGCCUACACUGUCGGCCUCGAAAAAUUCGACCACUCUUCGAUCCACAUUCCAUGUGACCUCUACGCGCAACCAUACCGUGACUGUACCAGCGUUCCCAUCCUCAACGGACGUCGUACCGACAGGUGGCAUUUCCAGUCGUCCCUCCUCCUCGCCGCCGUACCCGACAUUGAACUCAACUCUUUCUACCUUUCGGCCGACGGGCACCGGACCCACAGUCUCAGGGCCGACAGGAGUUUCAACCACAGUAAGCCAACUGAGCAGCGCGUCUAAGUCUUCGGUCUCCAGUUACUUCGUGUCACGCUCGAAUGGCUCUGUAGCAGGUGCCUCAACAUCAUAUUAUACAUCUGGAUCAUCUAUCUUAGUUGGGACUGGCAGCUCCUCAAAGUUGACGGGAACUGGAAACACUGCCUCGUCAACGGGACCCUUGCCGUCGUUCUCGAGCUACUUUUGGCCCAAUUCCACCAGUGCAAUCAGUCCCACUGGAAGCUCCAUCCUUAGCACAGGGGCUACGGGCUCCGUCUCUUCGAGCUCUAUCGACACCACGUGUCUCACUACUGCAGUGUCAUCAGCGACGUCAUCGCCUAACAUCACGUCUUCAAGCAUCACCGCACCGGCAAAUUCUAGUUCCAUACUGACAUCAAGUGGCUAUUCGAUUCCAUUGUCCACGGGGCAUUCUUCAAUUCCACUAACCACAGGACACUCCUCCUUUGCGCCAGGAAGUUCUAGUAACUCAGCAAGCUCACAGCUGUCCAAGCCCACUCCUCUCUUCGCAAACAGUUCCACCUCGAUCUUCGGUAGAACAUCAGGCACUGGGACAGGCUCUUUCAGCUAUUCCACAACCCAUCCGACGACCACUAGUGCCCUCUUUGGGACCGGAUCGACCAUUUCAGAGACGCCAACAUCAAUACCAAGCUGGCCAGUGUACGGAGGUUCAUCGUCGCUGUCCUCUGAAUCAAGUAUCGUGUCCAGCCCAUCGUCUUCCCUUUCCAACGUCUCGACUACCUUUGAAACUUCGAGUUCGAGUAGAUUCAUUCCGUCUUUUUCCUCUACUGUAUUAAGCUGGAGCAGCCUGAGCAGCCGGAAUGUCACAACCACCUCUGGCACGGGACCUAUGGGUAGCUCAUCGUUCACGACGACAAAGGUAUCCUCUUCCUCUACUAGCGGCUACACCAUGCCCGGGUCAACUGCCACUGGGGCUACAGGCUCGACUGCGACGCUGCUGUCGUCUACCUCAGUUUAUUCCAUUUCCGAAUCGACCUAUGCCAUUUCAUCUACGCCAGCUCCUUCGAAUAGCAGUGUCGUAAUUACCGUGACGUCGCAUUCUACCGUUGUCUCAUUCUCAGCCUUCACACCGUCGAGCUCAGGCUAUUCCAUACCAUCACUCAGCAGUGUACCUUCGUCAGCCUUCUCCUCGUCAGUCGUCUCGCAUACUUCGGCCACGGAGGCUACGGGUACGGCGAGCAGCUCUAUCUUCGUCUCAAGCUCGACACCGUCUAGUUCGGGGUAUCCUAUUCCUUCGUCGAGCAGUGAAUCUUCAUCGGCACUCUCGUCAUCAAAGGUGCCAGACACUACGGCCGCCCAGGCCACAGGCUCUACUAGCAGCUCUCUAGUGACUUUCCUUUCUACAGGCUCCUCGUCUUCGAGCUUCGCGAUAUCAAGUUCGGGCUACCCGGUACCUUCGCUGAACAGUAAAGCUUCAUCAACUUCCUCAUCAUCAGAAGCCUCAGUCACCUCAGCUACAGGAGCUACAGGCUCCGCGACUAGCUCUCUGGUCCAUAGUUCGUCCGCCUCAGCGACGCACGUCUCCUCAUCUUCUCUUUCUGUCCACUCCACCGCAUCAUCCGCAACUCCAAGCACAGCUCACGCCUCCAGCACGCCGGGAGGAGGAUACGGACCCCCACCAACGACGUUCGCGACGCAUUUCAGUGCGUCUAGCAUCCACGCUUCCUCGUCUUCACCCUCAGCGCCUCCGCUCCCGACUCACGGGUAUGGCUGGGACGACAAGGAGCAUAAGUGGGCUGCUUGGCCGAAGUUUGCAGGAGCAUGGUAAAGCCUCCCCACCGCACGCACGCUAUCGUGUAGUUUGGUAUACUAUCUCCUUGACUGGACUUUCUUUCCUUCCGGGUUCGCUUCUCGUCUUUCUUUUAUACAAUCUUCGUGGCCUGCUAAGCUUCUUCUGGAUGUUGUGGAGGGGAGGGGCUUGGUGGGUAGUUUAAUAGAUGAGUUAGCUUUUUUUCCUUGAGGG